AUGCUGUUGAAUCUUGGCCUUACAGCGGAUGCCGCAGCUGCCCACGCGAAUGAACCCGUUAACCAACAAGAAACACCUUCUAAUAUCUACUCGUCUCCUUUCUCAUUUUCAGCUCUACCUUUAUUGAACACUUUUUGCUCUCGUCCAAAACCCCCUGAUGGGUUUGCUGAGUUCCCCGGGGUUGUAUCCGCUAUGGAGAUGAGGCCCGCCGAACCAGCAUCGAGUUCGGGUGAAGCUUCCAACACAUCGGGCUCUGUUGUCGCCAGACCUCGUGUCACUCGUUCAAGCACAGGGCGGAAGACGCGACCAAAAACGGCUUAUCAGUUCGCGCAUCCCGCAGCUCAUGCUCGUCACAAGCGGUUGAGACUUCGCCCCAAGCUCCUCUUGCAGUUGCAACAGGUGUCGCAAACCCCCAGACCAAUACCAGUCGUUGACAUCCUGCCAUCUACGUCCUACCUACCCCUCUUGGCGCGCAAAUUCCCGGCUAUAUAUCGCACAAGAAAUGGAUUAGGUCCAUACGAUGUGGUUGUCGUGAUAAGCGAACAAUACGAGCGCACCGUUGCCAGCAUCCCUGAGAAACACGUCAGUUCGGAAGACGAAGACGAAGAUCACCGCGAGGUUGUGGCCACCAUCUGUCAAAAGCUGCAGGAAGACGCGAGGUUGAAGGGCAAGGCGGAGAUCUGUCUCAACUUUGGGCCCGUCUGGGAGGCUACACCUCUUCCAAGCGGUUCUUAUGAGUUCGUUGCUCAGACAGAUGACGGUGUGCAAGUGGUGCGGUGGGCAUUGCGCGGUGGAAGGAACCGUCGGAUGACUGCGCCUACAGGGACGCAUUCUCGCGACGAUGGCAAACGAUUCACUUUCAGUGUCAUUGACCCUACCACCCGCCGGCAUCCGGUAAUCGCAUCCAUGACUCGAAAUCAGCUAGAGGUAAAUGAUGAAUACUCCAUGCCUACUCGAAACGGUACUGGUCCCGCCACCCCAAAUUCAGGGAUGUCAGUGAUUAGCGAUGUCUCGGAUGGAGAGACUCCACUCGAUGCAAACUCGGUCAUUCUUGAUGAUGGACUCCGAACUCUGAUUAUCAUCACCGGCAUAUGGGUUGCCUUCCGCGAGGGAUGGUCCGACAAUUUCCGCUACGGUGACCCAGUGUCUUCUGCCGGCCCAAGAUCGAUCAAGUCUCCUUCGUCCUCAAGGCACCCCUCUCCAACGACCGCCCGAAGUGAGAACGACCCUUUCCCAGAUAAUGAUCAAGCUAGUCCAGUGAAAGAUCUAUCCAACGGGGCCAAACGAUGCAUGUCGAUUUCCAGCAUUCGCCGAUCCAGCAGUACGGCCCCAACAGAUGGAAAGCAGUUUGGUAGCUUGUCCAAGCGCUCAAACUCGACUGGUGCCACAUUCAUGGAUCGAGCUAAACGACGGUCCGCCUCGGGCCUGAGCAUUCGAGUAAACCGACAUAGCAUGUUCACUAGCUCGGGCGAGAACGGCCGUGAGAUCGUUGUUUCUCGUCCCCCAUCACGCCCUCCAUCCCUACGGCAAAGUUCUAUGGAAUCGGAAGAGCUAGCUCGAUCUGGUCGACCGAAAGAAAAGUCGCCUGCGAAAGCCAGACCGGAUAAAGAACAUACGAAACCCGCAUCAAAGCCCGAUAAAAAUUUACCAACAUCAAACUCCAACAACAUACCAUACAAAAGCUCUCGCAAGGAGAGGCUUGACUCUCCACGAUCCGAAGCAGCCGACUCAGCUCCGACCAAGGGCAAGCUUCGCAACCGCUUCAGUUCAUUAUUUGGACUUUUCCACCGAAAACACGAAACUCAUUGA